CGGCACGUUGCACGGCGCGGGCUCGCGGCAGCACACGUGCGGGGCCGGCAAAGCUGGUUAGGGGCUGCGGGGAUCUGGGGCUCCUGGCGUCAGCAGCUGGGUGACAGCUCCGUGGAGUUGUGAGCAGAGCAACAAGUGGUGCCAAGCAAUUGUGCGUCGCUCUUCGUUCAAAGCAGUUUGUCUCAUUCCUUUCCGAAGGCAGCAAGAAAUCGGCAGCGAUAAUGAGCUACCUGGACGGAGUCCCCUUCCGGACAGCCAAGAGCCUCGAAGGAGACCCGGCGGGACAAAACACCUUUAUCGAGGCACCGGCCAUAAACCUUCCCGACUGCACCGACAUCCUCGUGAGUACCAUGCACGACUUCUCGCUGGAACGAAAGGUGCUCUACUGGCUGGAGGCUGCCUCUCAGCACCAAACCUCCCGGCACCGGCUCACCGCCGACACCGUCCCCACGGCCCCGCCGUGCUGGCUGCUGCUCGUGGACCCCGCCGAGGGCAGGGAGACGGCCGGGGGCAGAGCGCGGGACGGCGCGGUGCGGCGCUGCAUCAGCCUCAACGCCGCAGACCAGGGCAGAGGCAGAGCCUCCGACACGGAGAGCGAGGCCGCGCGCCCGGAGGAGGACGGGUACUUGGAAGAUGAUGAGUAUUCCUCCACCUCCUGGGAAGAAAAUGACAGGGAUGAGAACGUUUUCAGGAGGAGAAACCAGCAUGUCUUUCAGCAGAUCCGGCCGAAGACAUCGCCCGGCUUGCUGGAGCCGCCUCCGGAGAACGGCUACAAGGCAGCGAGCCUGGACACGGGCAAGCAGAGGCGGUCCUUGGUUUUGUUCAACAACAUGAAGAACGAGCUGGAAGCAGCCAGGAGGAAGCUGGCUGCUUUGGUGCAUCCUUUAAACAGAGCCACAGCCGAGAGUGGAGGGGUCCCAGAGCCACCAGCGCUCACCCAGCGCUCCCGAAACAACAGGAGCCUCAAGUACGGGCCGGCGGCGGCCGUAUCCUGCGCGGGAGGCUUGGUGCCAGCUCCCCCUCCAGGACCAGCUGCCCCCAUGCCCCCCAUCCGCAAGCACAAGCCCACGGUCCCGUCCCUCAGCCCCUACACCUGCCUGCCUCCGGCACGGCCGCUGGCAUCCCGCAAAACCAAGCCGGAUUCGGCGGCCGACCUGCUCGCGGCGCUGAGCCAGGAGGAGCGCGACCUCAUCGAGCCCGUCAUCGCCUUGGGCUACCCAGCCCGCAAAGCCAUCCUCACCCUCCAGAAGACUGGGAGGCAAAGCCUGGGGCAGUUCCUGGGCUACCUCCGCGCCUGCGACCGGCUGCUGAAGCAGGGCUACGAGGAAGGGCAGGUGGAGGAGGCCAUGGAAAUGUUCCAGUACUCGGAGAAAAAGGCAGCCGAAUUCCUGCACUUGUUAGCUCAGUUCAACGACAUGGGUUUCCAGCAGAAUGAAAUCAAAGAAGUCCUCCUGCUUUGCGGGAACCAGAGAGACAAGGCGCUGGAAGAGCUCAUGAUGAAGAGGCAGUGAAGGCACCCAGCACCGACGGGCAGCUCCGUCCGGGACGCCCAGCACUCAUCCUGCUGCUCCGUCCCCAGCAAGCAGCAGCGCACCAGCGUGGGUUCUCAUCUCGUCCGGGGACAUCCAUCACGCGCCGGUUUGUCACUGCGCCGAGGCAAAGGCUUCGCAUCGGCAGUGUUUAUCUCCUCCCCCACACACAUCCACCCUCGAGCGACUCUGCUGUUUAGAUUAGGGGGGAUGAGAUCCAAGCUGCCUUUCGCUUAGACUGUGCGAAAGCGGAAAGCGAGCCUUCUCCCUGCACCUGGGGAAGGCGCAGCUCCUGCGGCUUGUUUCGGCAGCGCCGUGUUUACAAAUAGAGCCACACGCGGUGAUUUAAGUCAUCAGGAGAGGGUGUUUUCAUAAAAGCUGAGUGCUUUCGCAGAAACACCGCUUCUUCCUUUCUUGGGAAGACUCUCAGCUGACUUAAUGACGUUUGGGAUAUUGCAAGUGAAACCUAGCCGGAUCCACUCGGUGUCUCCUUCUGAACCAGAAACUUGAGAAAAACGCACAGCUCGGUGAAGGGUUUGGAAGGAAAACAGGCUGCCGUUGUUCUAGGUAACUAAUACACUGCUUUUACCCAGCACAAUGAAGAACGGCUCGUGCAAGGCUUCAUGCUCAGGAAACUUCACGAAAUCUGAGCAGGGAGAUGAUGGUCUGGCUCAGCUCUGCCUUUCAUUAGGCAAAUUCAGGGGAUGCUUCCCUAAAUUGUGGAGACAGUGGCUCAAAAUUAGCUUAAGCACAAACAUCGGGAUUGGGAAAAUCUGGAUGCCUGGGGGGAGUUUUUGUGUGUAACUAAGUACAGGGACAGGAUCUUCAGCUCACCAUGCAGGAUGUGUCUCGUGUUUUGGCAGCGUAAUGAUGGGUAGUGUUUUCAUAUAAAAGUACAUUAUCUCCCUGUGAAUUAGAUACAGAUGUAAUUUAUUUGAGUAAAGAUGCUUGGAGGGGUUCUUAUAAAAAAACUAUCGGUGUCUUUUCCUAUGAAAAUGCCAACUGGCACAAUGUAGCGGAGACAAUUCUUAUUAAUUAGUUGCAAUGUAUUUACCACUUUUCCAUUGUGUCCUUCCAAGUGAGAUCUCC